AGCUGUAGCGCACGAUGUGGCUGCGCGGUUGGACCGAGUGGGGUGAUCACAGAGGACUAGGAGCCUGCCGCCUGUUUUGUGCUUUGGAUCUGCGUGCGCGGCAGCCGAGGUUGACAGUAAAGAUGUGAAGUGGCAUGGAACUGCCGCCCAUCGCCGUCCUUUGCCUGGCAUUGCGUUUGGUGAUCCUGGCUCUCGUGAAACCUCCCGAGGUGUCUCUUUGCCAGAUCUCCCGCAAGGUGGCCACUUGCCGAGGUCAGAACCUGCUCCGAGUCCCUGGGGAUCUCCCCAGCACUCUGGAGUCAUUGGACCUGUCUUACAACAAGAUUCAGCGGGUCACCCAUGGGGAUUUCUCCGCCUUGACCCAGCUGAAAAGCCUGAAUCUGGAUUUCAACAACAUCGCGUCUAUCGCUGACGAUUCCUUCGCCUCCAACGUCCUCUUGGAGCAGCUCAGACUCUUCAACAACUCGCUGAGGGAGAUCCCGUCUCAGGCGCUGAAACCGCUAAGGAAUCUGAAGGUGCUGGAAAUGUCUAACAACUUUUAUCCCCGCUCGACGCUGGACAGCGUGUUUGGCACUUUGAAAAACCUUGAAACCCUCUCCAUGGGGGGCCCCGCUGUCCAGAUGGUGGGAAGCCAGGACUUCCUUCCUCUGAAAGACACCCCGUUGAAUAAGUUUGCCCUGAAAACGGCAGCCAGUUUGCAGGAGUAUCAAGAGGGGGCCUUUUCCAAACUCAAUACCACCGACUUGUGGUGCGACAUGUCACUGGACAGACACACGGAGGUCUUGCCGCUGCUGCUGCGGGACUUGAGGGGAAGGCCUCUACGAUACCUCCAUUUCCGUAACCUCUUCGAGUUCACGUACUACACAGGCUCUACGGACCUCUUCCACGACUUGGCUAUGGUAGAGGCCACAGAGCUGGUCUUCCGCCGGGGGAAAUUCAACGAGAACUUGCUGCGCCUGAUCCUGCUGAACGUCCGGAGGUCUCGCGUGCAAGACCUGUCCUUCAUAGCUAUCGAUUUUGCGCGGUCGCCCAAGUGGAAGGCGCCGGAAGCUGGCAUGGCCAACCUCACCCUGCGCCGGUUGGUUCUGGCAGACAUCAGCAACCCGGACGUCCUGCGUUUCGACUGGACCUUCACGUGGUUUGCGGGCGUGACAUACCUCUCCAUCAUCAACGUCAACUUCAACAUGGUACCUUGCGACGCCUGGAAGGAGAUGAGGAACGUGGUGACUUUGAACGUCUCCAACAACCGCUUGCAAGAUGGCUACGUCUACAACGAGGCCUGCCAGUACCAGGGCACUCUGCCCAAGCUCGAACAGCUUGACCUCAGCUACAACUUACUAGUCCACCUGAGCACACUCGCCAAGUUGACCUCCAGUUGGCCCCGACUCGCCAAACUAGAUCUGACCCACAAUCACAUUGGGGGCUCAGGUCAGUCCCCCUGUACGUGGACUCCCAGUCUCAUUUGGCUGGCCUUGCCUUACAACGCGGUUACCACGGAGAUCUUUCAGUGUCUCCCCACUACUUUACGCUUUCUGGACUUAUCGUAUUCCCAGCUGGAACGGCUCAAUAUGGGCUACUUUGAAGUCGCUGUUGACCUCCAGGAGCUGCUGCUGAGUGGAAACAAGAUCAAAUUCAUCCCUACAGAGUGGAGAUGCCCCAACCUGAGGGUCCUGGAGAUGGACGGCAACUCUUUCGGCGUCAUCAACAAAGGUUCCUUUGUCAACAUGCCCCGUCUUGCCCAACUGAAGGCGGGCAACAACCCUUACCACUGCAUCUGUGAUCUCUAUGGCUUUGUUCAAGAGACGCUGAGGAACGGGAAACUCAGGCUUCUGGACUGGCCGGCUGGAUGGACCUGUUACCACCCUGAAUUCUUGCUGGACACUGCGGUGGCUGCUUACACCCCGAGGGUGACGGAGUGUGACGUCACAGUGGUGGUGGCCAUUGCGGUCUCCAUCACAGCUGCGGUGCUGAUUGCCUGCAUGGUUCUGUGCUGGAGGUUUGACGUUCCGUGGUAUCUCAAGGCCACGUUCCAGAUCAUCCGCUCCAAGUACCGAGCCGGCCGCUCCCAGCUGUCGCGGCAGUUUGCCUACCAUGCCUUCAUUUCCUACAGCUGCUCCGACGCCGAAUGGGUGAGGCGAGAGCUCCUGCAGAGGCUGGAGGCUUCGCGCCCGCCGUACCGCGUCUGCAUCCACGAGCGCGACUUCACGCCGGGACGCUGGAUCAUCGACAACAUCAUCGACAACAUCGAGAACAGCCGCAAGGUCAUCUUUGUCCUCUCGCGCAGCUUUGUCGACAGCGACUGGUGCAAUUACGAGCUCUAUUUCGCCCACCAGCGGGCCGUGGGCCUGAACUUUGAGGAUGUUGUGCUGGUGGUGAAGGAAGCCAUUGACCUGCAGGCAUUGCCCAACAAAUUCUGCAGGUUACGGAAGAUGUUGAGCAUGAAGACUUACCUGGAGUGGCCUUCAGAUCACAGCCGGCAGGCCUUCUUCUGGGUCCAGUUGACAUCUGUCCUGGGUAAAGCCGAGGCAGUCAACUCAGACCCAAGCAAUGACCCAACUGAUGUGAAUGGGGUGGUUGACAUUCCUCUUGAUGCGUGUCCUAUAGCUGAAGAAAACUGUGUUGGAUGUAGCUGAGUUAGGCAAGGAUUAACUGAAGCCAAGGCUCAACCACUAGACUCAUUGUUCGGUCAUCUAUGUCUGACUUAGAAGUGUUGGGGUCAAUGCAAUAAGAUGCUCCUGGUGUGGAGGUGGGGGGAGGAAAGUGAUGGAGCCUAGGCAUUGGGCUUCCUCUUGGUCCAACUAGCCGCCACUGACCACUGACUGACUCUCCUGGCAGAGAGGGAGCUGCUUUACUCAUUGCCUGCGAGUAGACCAGUAUCUUUCUAAGUGGAGAUGCCAAGGACUGAACCAGAGACCUUCUGCCUGCAGUGCAUGUGUUUGACCACUGGGCAGUGCUUCCUUCCCAGUUGAGUAGCCAACUCUUGGCGUAAAUGACAAAAUAGGAUUAUGCAUAGGAAGCUGCCUUAUACCGAGACAGGCCAUUGGUCCAUCCAGUUCAGUAUUGUCCACACUGGUUGGCAGAGAUGGUUCUCCAGAGUUUUGGACAGGGGACAUUCCCACCUCUGCCUGGAGGGGUGAGGGAUUGGACCCAGGACCUUUUGCUCUGUCGGUGAGCUAGAACUUUCCUCCUAAAACUAAAUGCAAGAUUCCAGUCCUCAUUGGAUUGAUUUAAAUAUGAACAGAAGGAGCUGCCUUAUACUGAGCCAGAACAGUGUUCCCUUUGGCUCAGUAUUGUCUACACUGACCGGAGGCAGCUCUCCCA